AUGGAAAUUUGUAUCACUAUAUCUCGUUCGAAAUUCAAACAGUUGCGUUGUCCAUAUCUGCAUCAGCUCAAACCUUGCAUGCCCGAGGCACCAGCCAUCAACAUUACCGACAACAGCAGAUUCGAAAACUUGCUUAUUCCUAAAGAUACAAUCUACCCGGAAAACAGUCUCAUAAUUCAAGUGGUUGGUAAUCCGAGAAUUCCGCUUAAGAAGUUACAAGCACUGAAGAAAUGGUGUGAGCAGUGCAAAAUCGAGCCGGGAAAAGCUGACAAGCCGGAAAAAGCUGACAAGCCGGGAAAAGCUGACAAGCCGGGAACUGACGGUCCACAGAGAUUCGUGCCAGCGACAAUGGGCACUUCCCAGCCAACAACACCCACAACACCCUCACCAGAGACAACAAAAGGCUCAACAACCCCAUCAGCGACAUCUGAAAAAAGUCCACAAAAGAAAGGAAAGUGUCAGCUGGAAAAACGUAGCUAUAAGGAUAAGGAAAUAGUCCGACUUUGUGCCGGUGCGGAGAUCAUCAAGCCACACAAAGGAUUUCCUCUGAUAGUAUCAUCACCGGAAGUAUCGGAAAAAGAAUUAAAUGACUUGUGCUCGAAUGCCGUCUACAUGGAAAUCUGCAUUACGAUAGUCGACUCAAACUUCACGGGGUUACGUUGCCCGCGUCUACGAGAACUUCGACCAUGUAUCCCAGGUAAAAGAAAAUUUGGUGCUGAUGACGGUGAAUAUUCCUAA